GCACACGUGUGCAUAUGCUCGCGCGGAGAGAGCGUAAAACAAAGCCACCAACCUUCUAAAUAGAGUGAUUGAAACCUUUAGCUUUUGGCCGGGAGUGUGUAGUGGUCAUGGCAGAACCUCCGACUACGCCUAACCUAGAGCGUCACAAGUCCGUGGUGAUGCUGGAGAACGACGAUGCCCUGCAGAUAGUGAGGACGGACCUAGCCAACCUGGUGGCAACAGCUGCCAAAACAAACUCCUGUGACAUAGAGGAGUUAAGGAAACAUCUGGUGGACUUUGAGAAACUGUUCACUCAGUUUCUGGCCCACCGCAAGAUCGGGAACAACAUCAUAUGGAGCAGAAUUCAGCCUCUUCAGACUGAGAAUGUCCACACGUACCAGUCAGUGGUGGAGGCUCCUCUGGCCACCACGAAGGGAGACCUCCUGGACAAACUGGUGGUCUUGAAACUCAACGGGGGACUCGGGACCAGCAUGGGCUGUGUGGGACCCAAGAGUCUCAUUUCAGUACGGAACGACUCCACCUUCCUUGACCUCACUGUCCAACUGAUAGAGUGUCUGAACAAGAAGCACAACAGCGACGUGCCGCUAGUCCUCAUGAACUCAUUCAACACACAUGAGGAGACACAGAGAGUGAGAUUCAAGUACGACAAGAGAGUGGACCUCCACAUGUUCCAGCAGAGCUACCACCCCCGCGUCCUGAGAGAGACUCUGAGGCCUUUCCCUGUAAAUGUCGACCUCAAGGACGGAGUGAGCUGGUACCCUCCUGGUCACGGAGAUAUCUACAACUCCCUCAAGAGGAGCGGACUCCUGGAAAGGUUCCUGGAGGAGGGCAAGGAGUUCAUCUUCAUCUCCAACAUCGACAACCUGGGAGCCACUGUCGACCUCGGUAUCCUCAACUUUCUACUGCAUCCUCCGAAGGACUCGGUGCCAGCAGAGUUUGUGAUGGAGGUGACAAAUAAGACGAGGUCGGACGUGAAGGGAGGCACUCUCAUUAACUACGAGGGAAACCUACACCUCCUGGAGUUUGCUCAGGUCUGGCCGUGUGUGUGUGUGUGUGUGUGUUUGUUAGGACACAUUGUACUACUGCGUGGAACAUACAUACAUGUGUGUGUGCACCAUAAUGUAUAGUGGGACACCAAUGGAACAGAAGAGAGUCUCCAUAUUAGUGGUGUCCUUCAGUUUCACGCAAGAACUGCAUGUUCUUAGGAAAGAAUGUGCCCUUUAAGCCUGCUUCACCGUCACAAGAGACCGCGACACUAUGUGACGCAACGUCGUGCGGUAUUUUGCGAGUGAAAUUGCACGACAUGUCAUGGAAUUAUGGAGGGACAUACUUCUGUGUACACAACUGGGACUUAGAACAAGGUGUUAGUCCUUAUUUCGUGGGUGUCCUUAGAGAAGAGAGAGAGCAGAAGAGAGAGCUUGCACUGUACAGUGUAACAUGUAUGUAUACAAUAGAGCCAUUAUAUGUGUAUGUUGGUGCAGGUGCCGAAGGACAACGUGGACGAGUUCAAGUCCAUCAAGAAGUUCAAGGUGUUCAACACCAACAACCUGUGGGUGAGUCUGAGAGCCAUCAAGAGACUGCUGGACGAGGAGACCAUGAGGGUGGAGGUCAUCGUCAACAGGAAGAGUCUGGAUGGAGGAGUGAAUGUGAUUCAACUGGAGACAGCUGCUGGUGCUGCUAUCAAGAACUUCAAUGGAGCAGUCGGUUAGUCUUCCUCUUCAUAAACUAACACACACUCACAUUGUAGGCACAUGUCUACUAUUCUAACUCAGAACUAGUUUUCAAGUGCAAGACACGUACACCUAUAGAUCAGUUGGAGUUGCAGUUGAGCAGCACAUCCUACCACAUUAAAAGCCCUCGACUCCCGCAUGCUAUCUACUACUGUAGCUACCCCGUGUCAGACUCUCCGCGAGCUACUAGCGGG